CAGGGAAUGAGACCAGAUGUGGUGCCUUACAAUAGCGUAUUUUCUGCUUUGAGAAGGAUUAUGCAUGAAGAGGGAAUCCGAGGGUUGUAUAGUGGUGUUUUGCCUUCAUUAGUGGGGGUAAGCCAUGUUGCCAUCCAGUUUCCAGCAUAUGAAAAUAUGAAGUCUUAUCUAGCGAGAAGAGAUAACACAACCGUUGAUAAACUUAGUCCCGGACAUGUUGCCAUUGCUUCUUCAAUAGCUAAAAUACUUGCCUCCACAAUUACUUAUCCUCAUGAGGUAAGUUUUUGGUAGAGUUUCUAAAACAACAUGUGAUUAGUUUGGGUGAUCAAUCGCCUAAGAAAUUGUAUCACUUCUUGGUUGUAUCUUUAUAUU